AUGGACUUCACCCUCUUCUUUCAGCAGACAAUCUUGUCAAUUCUACCGUCUGUUAUUUUCAUCUGUGCAUUGACACUGAGGGUCUUGUCUAUUUUACGAAAACCAUUACGAGUUAGUAGUAAUGGAUGGCUACUUCGGCUGAAAUUGGCAGCAUGCGGCGCUUUCUUUGGCACGCAGAUAAUUUUGCUUGCAUUAUGGACCAGAUCCAGUGCUGUGAAUGGCUUCAUCCCCAUUGCAGCCAGCACCCUGAGGUUGAUCGUUUCGGCUGCGAUUUUCUACAUCCUAUACCAGGAACAUCAAAGAUGGAUUGAUGCCUCCAUUCUCACUAGUAGCUAUCUUGUGUUUACUAUCCUACUUGAACUAGCUGAGGCUAGAACCCUCCGGAGUCGCCUUGGUCGUACCUCUGUUACAUCCAUGUUUGCCGCUUCUAUUGUCCUCAAAUUUGUCAUCAUAGUACUCCAAAAUUUACCAGAGCCAUCGUCACCAGCUUUCAACAAAUGGUAUGCAACCAAGAAAUCGAGUCGUAGUCUCUUCGACUGGACACAGUCUUGGUGGCCAAAUCUGCUCUUCAACAAGGGUCACCGAAGCAUCAUGACUAAUGAUGAUCUCGGGGAUAUUGACGAGGAAUUCGAUUCGGGAACUUUGUUGGUGGAAAUCAAUUCAACCUGGGCAGACGCUCAUCAAUCUGGAAGAUACGCAUUAAUAUGGGCGGUCUUGAGAGCCUUCAAGCUUCAAUGCCUUGCCGUCGUAGUACCUAGGCUCUUUUUAUCCGCAUUCAUGUUUGCCCAGCCCUUUCUCAUCAACUUAGUCAUAGAUUAUGUAGGAGAACCACCGGCACAAUCAGACCCACAGGUCGCCCGAGGCUUGAUCGCAGCAACAUUUUUUGUGUAUGCCGGAAUCGCGGUCACAAGAUGCUACUCCAAGCACUUGAGAUUUCAGCUCAUUACCAUAGUCCGAGGUGCACUAGUGGGUGUCAUAUACCAGAAGACCCUGAGCCUCGAGACCAAUUCGAUUACCGAGUCAGCCCCCGUUACUCUCAUGAGCACUGAUAUCGAUGGCAUUAUAUCUGCUAUACAAUCAUUUUAUGACUUGUGGCCGAGUGUAGUCGAGCUCGGCGCUGGCUUGUAUUUGCUUGAUCGCAAGGCGGGUCACUCGGGUUUUCUCGUACUGAUACCAGGAGUUUGUUGCUGGUUGAUAUCACAGACAAUGUCCAAGACCGCCAUUCCCGCCCAGCGUGCCUGGAAUGAUGCGAUACAGACCAGGGUCUCGGUCACAUCGUCCAUGCUCGGACAGAUCAAGGGGAUCAAGAUGGUGGGACUAAGCGAUUACAUGACCCAAACUAUCCACAGCUUCCGGAGUUUCGAGCUGAGCAUGUCUCAGAAGCUUAGAACUGUGCUCGCAUGGGUCACUAGUCUAUCGGCAUCCGUCAACCUGCUCUCACCUAUUUUUGUCAUCGUGGCAGCCGUUCUUUGGGCUAAACGCUCAUCGGACUUCACAGCCAGUGAGAUAUUUACAACGCUGUCUAUUGUCAUGCUUGUGGCACAGCCAAUUUCGAAUCUUGUCGGGUCGUACACGGCGUUCGUCUCGGGUCUCGCUUGCUGCACGCGGAUUCAAAGCUUUCUCUUGCUCAACAACAAAGAUGAUGAGCGUGGGCUCGUUGAGAAGCUCGAAACACAGUUGCCGUCCUCAAACGGCAAUAACGUGUGCUCAAGUAUGCUUGACGUUGAACUAUCACCAAUGUCACGCACUGCCGGCGAACCUGCAUUACUCGCCGUAGACAUCCGCCAAGCUACCUUUACCACAAACGACCAACAAACUGAAUUACUCCGUGAAAUAGACUUUCGAGUCCCGGUUGGCUCCGUCUCCAUGGUGGUAGGUCGUGUCGGGUGUGGAAAGUCUUCGUUGCUUAGGGCCAUCCUUGGCGAGCUACACACAGCCAGCGGCGCAGUUCACAUGGCCACAUCCUCAAUAUCGUACUGUGAUCAGACGCCCUGGCUUCGAAAUGUCUCCCUUCGAGGGAAUAUCAUCGGUCCAUCUCGAUUUGACAAGGGGUGGUAUGCCCAAGUUGUCACAGCUUGUGCCCUUGAUCGGGAUUUCGCCUCGUUCCCGUACGGCGACGAAACCCUUGUGGGAAGCGGGGGAAUAGCACUCAGCGGUGGACAAAGGCAAAGAGUAGGGCUUGCAAGGGCUGUUUACUCGCGCCAUGCUCUUGUCCUUCUCGAUGAUGUUCUCAGCGGCCUCGAUGGCACGACAUCAGCUGCCGUCUUCAACUCUUUACUGGGCGAUGGUGGGCUGCUUCGCCGCAGGGAUAUCACCGUCCUCUAUGCCACUCAUUCCAUCGAAUCCCUCGCCAAGGCUGACUUUGUCACUGUACUUGAGUCAGGGAUGAUCAAGUACAAUCAAGUCGAUAUUGAUUCUAUUGAUGAAGAGACGAGGAGAAUGAUAGGAAGCAAUGUGAAGAGAACAUGCAUAGACACGCACUCGAAUGUUGGCUCGAAAGAUAAGCUAGGCGAACUGCAUUCUCAUAAAGCUUCAGCUAGAAGCCCAAAGGAUGCUGAUCUCCUGCGUCAGGCCGGCGACUUCGGUCUGUACAUGUUCUAUGUCGGCUCCAUAGGACCUGUCUUUGCUUUGGUCUUGGUCAUCUUGGCGAUUUCGUUUUCCAUCUUCAAGAAGAUGCCACAAAUAUGGCUCCGGAUUUGGACCCAGCACGGAAUCGGCGAGGAUCAGGGCUACUUUCUGGGCUUAUACCUGACUUUCGUCCUGGCCUGUUUUGUAUCAAUAUGGCUCCUUUCCAGGUUCUUCCUCAUUCACGUCAUCAGCAGGUCUUCGCAACACCUGCAUUCUCUAUUACUCAACGCGGUGAUGAAAGCACCUCUUUAUUUCUUCACUUCGACUGAUAGUGGCGUCACUUUAAACCGCUUUAGCCAGGAUAUGACCAUUAUUGAUCAGACGUUGCCGGCUAGUUCUUUUAAUGCCCUACGAGACACCUUUAAUAUCGUCACAGAGAUCAUCAUCAUUACCUCUGGUGCACGAUACGUUGCGGCCAUUAUUCCAUUCUGCAUGUUUGCCCUCUAUUUUGUCCAAGCCUUUUACCUGCGCACAUCGCGACAAGUUCGCCAUCUCGAUCUUGAAGCAAAAUCGCCCCUGUAUACUCAUUUUACCGAGACUCUCAGUGGGCUCGUCACCAUCCGAGCCAUGGGCUGGAAGCAGGGUUUCAUCGAGGAGAAUAGCCAGCGACUGAACAAGUCCCAGGUGCCAUUUUAUCUGGUAUUUCGGGUCCAAGUGUGGCUGAAUAUCGUCCUGGACUUUUUUGUCUGCUUUAUUGCCACUGUUCUUGUUGCCGUGGCGGUACUAACACGCGAUUCCACGUCAAAAGCCGCAAUUGGUCUCGCGUUGCUCAACAUCAUUAGCUUCAACAACACACUUGGGUUUCUGAUCAAUUCCUGGACAGGCCUGGAGACAUCUUUGGGAGCUGUCGCUCGGCUGCGCGACUUUUUACUCAAUGUUCCUGAGGAGGCCCUUGAAAUUGAGCGCCAGGAGCCGCCGCUUGGAUGGCCUACCAGAGGCGAUAUCGAGUUCGAUAACGUCACUUCCAGCUAUGGCCCUGACACCUCUCCUGUAAUCAGAAGAGUGUCCCUGCAAAUCCAGGCUGGGCAGAAGGUCGGCAUAUGUGGUAGGACUGGAAGUGGCAAAUCAUCCAUGCUACUUACUCUCCUCCGUCUCUUGGACCUCCAAUCGGGCUCCCUUCGUAUCGAUGGGCUGGACUUGGCUGUCCUUCGGCGGGAGGCGAUUCGAUCGCGCCUAAUCACACUACCCCAGGAUCCCGUCAUACUACCUGGGACAGUGAGAGAGAACCUCUGCCCAGGUGAUCAGGUAACUUCAGACAAGGAACUCAUCGCAGCCUUGGAAAAGACUGGCAUGUGGGAAGUCAUCAGCUACAGAGGGGGCCUUGUUGCCGAAUUAGACGAGAUGGGCCUUUCUGUCGGUCAGAAACAGCUCUUCUGCCUCUCUCGUGCCAUUCUACAAAAGACGAAGAUAUUGGUGUUGGACGAAGCGACGAGCAGCUUGGAUCGCAGCACGGAGCAGGAGCUGCGGCGAGUGCUCCAUGCCGAGUUUUCAGACUGCACCGUCAUUGAGGUUGCACACAAACUGGAAGCAAUUGCUUCGUAUGAUGUUGUCAUCAUCAUGCAGGAUGGGGAAAUUAUUCAAAAAGGAAACCCUCGAGAGCUAUUGCAGGUUGACUUUAGCCAGUUGGUAUAA